AUGGCAAGACUGAGCAUGAUGAACAAGUUACUAAUAGUGGUGAUUAUAGUGGCUGAGAUUUCAAGAAUAUUUUCGAUAGAAGAUAACCCUUCGAAGGUAUUUGUGGUGGAGUUGAACAAGUUGUUGGUGAAUAAUAAAAUUUCAGAUGACUACUGCAUUGAUGAAAGGAUAUUUUGCGAUAAUGAUCAGAUCAGUAUUGUGAAUCUAGAAGCGGUUAAUAUAUCCAGAUUUCCUGUAGAGAUUAUAAUAAUUAAGGAUACAUUAAAGAGUUUGACAAUAACAUACGCAAACCUGAAAGGUAACAUUCCAGAUGAAAUUUAUAAAUUGACUGAAUUGGAAUAUCUAAAUUUAGAAGGAACAAAUUUAGUGCUAUCGUACCUUGACUUAAAUGGAUCAAGUCUAUCUGGAUCGAUACCUGACGGUCUAUAUUCAUUAACUGAAUUAGAAUAUCUGAAUCUACAAGGAAGUAAAUUUAAUGGUGGUUUAAGUGGUAAGAUUAGAGAUAUGAAUAAAUUAUUGGCUCUUGACUUAAGUGGAUCAAAUCUGUCUGGACCGAUACCUGAUGAUCUAUACUCAUUAACUGAAUUACGAUAUCUGAAUCUACAACAAAACAGAUUUGAUGGUGGUUUAAAUGAUAAGAUUAGAGAUCUGAAUAAAUUAUUGUAUCUUGACUUAAGUGGAUCAAAUAUAUCUGGAUCGAUACCUGAUGGUCUAUAUUCAUUGACUAAAUUGGAAUAUCUAUAUCUUAUGGGUAAUAGUAUCAAUGGUACUUUAUCACCUAAGAUUGGUAAUAUGAUUAGGUUGACUAGUCUAAAUCUAAGUUUUAAUCAAUUAAGUGGAAUUAUACCAAAUGAAAUAGGUAAUUUAAUCAAUCUGAAAGAUUUAGAAAUGAGAGAGAAUAAAUUUGAAGGUAAUAUUCCUGAUCUGAGUCGUCUGGAAAUUUUAGUAAAUAUGAAUAUUAGCUCAACAAAACAUAUUCUGAAUGCAAGUUGUGAUAAUAAAACGUUACCUCCAUAUAUUACUAAGAACAGAUGUUUCAUUGCACCUGUGAACAGAUUAUGCAAUAGUACUAUACACUGCGAAUAUAGCAAUAAGCCUGUAGAUAAAUCAUCAAUUGGUUCAAUGUUCUACACACCAAUACUGAAAAUGGUUGUUAUGAUGAUAGCGUGCAGAGGUGUGAUAGAGACGGAGAGAUUUAUUGAGGGUUGA